CUUCCCCGCCCUCAUCUCCUCACCUCACACGCACGCCAGCAUGGCCGCCUCGUCGUCGGCCGCACCGGCACUCGCGCCGCAGCGGCUCCUCUCGAUCCAGUCGCACGUCGUCUCGGGCUACGUGGGCAACCGCUGCUCCACCUUUCCCCUGCAGCUGCUCGGCUGGGACGUCGACGUGUGCAACACGACACAGCUGAGCAAUCACACCGGCUACCGGCGCAUGGGCGGCUGUCGCCUCGAUGCCGAGCACCUGCAGAGCGUGCUGCAGGGCCUGCAGCAGAAUGGCCUCGUGCGCUAUGCGCGGCUCCUCACCGGCUACACGCCGUCGCCCACAGCACUCCACGUCAUCUCGCAGUUCAUCGCCUCGGUCCGGAAAGCACACGCCCGCGUGCCGACCUAUCUCCUCGACCCCGUGCUUGGCGACACGGACCGCGGCUACUACGUCGACACUGCAUGCCUGCCGCUGUACCGCGAACUCAUGCCGCUGGCCGACAUCAUCACGCCGAACAGCUGGGAGGCCGAACAACUGGCCGCACGCAGCAUCUCAGAUCGCAGCAGCCUGCUCAGCGUGCUCGCGACGCUGCACGUCACGUACGGCGUGCGACACGUCGUGCUAACAUCGCUGGAACGCGUGCCGGAUGACAUUGGCGUAGAGAAGGGCGACAUGGUGCAGGUCGGCUCCUCAUUCGACGUCGACGCAGCGCGGGGCGAGGGCAAGCAGGUGCUGCUGCAGCCGUGGAUCAUCCGCUUCCCGCACGUCGAGGGUCACUUCGUCGGCGUCGGCGAUCUGUUCUCGGCGCUCGUGCUGGGCCGGUUCAAGACGGACACGCAAGGCGAGGGCAUCACGCCGCUCGCGACUGCUGCCGAGCUGGCCAUCGCCAGCGUGGCCGGCGUGCUGAAGCACACCGUCGACGCCGCGACGAAUGAGGCUGCCUCUGCACCGCAGGCCGCCACUCCCGCCGACGCAUCGCAAGAGCUGACGGCAGAGCAGCAGGCAGAGGCGCAUGUUCUCUACGCACGCACGCACGAGCUGCGCCUGAUCCAGGCGCGGCAGGAGCUCGAGCGGCCACAGGUGCGCUGGCGCGCCGCGUGGCUGAUGCAGGAGCAGAAGGUCAGCGUAGAGGUGCCCGAGCGGCCGCAAUAGACAGAUGCAUGGCAUUGCGAGGGUGACGGAGACAGUGUGACAUUAGCCCUGCAGCCGCUGCUGCACGUCUUGCCGCUUCGGAAUGCUCUCCAGCGCGCCCUCCUUCUCCACCGCCAUGGCCGCUGCCUGGCCGGCCCAGCGCAGCGCCUCCUCGACCUGCUUGGCCUGCAGCUCGCCCUCGACCUCGGAGAGGCGCGUCACGAGGUUGCCGGCAAACGUGUCGCCGGCGCCCGUCGUAUCGCGCACGGCCUGCGGCUUCGACGCGGGGGAGGCGAACACCUGCCUGCCGCCCUGCAGCGCCACGGACGCGAUGACGCCCUGCGAGCCGAGUGUGAGGACAAGCCACUUGAGGCCGCUGAACUGCGGCAGCGCCACGAGCGCCUCGAGCGU